AUGGUCAAUUCCUUCGUCUGGACGUCUGAAGAAGCCCGCUAUAUCAAAGCCAUCCUCCGGUGGCAGGCCAACCCACCAGAUAACGACAAUGACAGAAACACCCCAAGCCCAAGCCCAACCUCUUUGAAGAGUGGAACGUCAAAGCAAAAGACUAAACAACAACAACAACAACAACAACAACAACAACAACAACAACACGGCAAACCUGCUGGCGAGCUCCGCAUGCUGGUUAUCGGCGCUCAGGGGGUGGGCAAGACGGCGUUGUUGACACGGUUCGGCCUUGACACCUCCAUAGAAAACUUUCAAGACCCCUUCCACGAGCGCGGGUGCAGGGCUCUUGCAACUUUGACCACUCCAACUCCUCCUCCCAGCGAUGCUACAUCCAAACCCCAACUCUCCCCCACCACGAACACAAAACUUCAGAAAAAACAACACCAACAGCCCCAACGCAACAAUAACAACGAUGUCCAGCACGUCCAAGCCGACGAACAACAGCACCCACAAAAGCAAACAUACAUUAUUGACGCAUUGGAAAUGCCCUCCGACCUUCUCUUCUCCCGCUCUAUGCUCGAGGAAGCGUUGACCAUCACCGAGGGCGCAUUGUUAGUGCCGGACACUAAUGAAGCGAUCCCUCCAACAGCCCAACAGACGGGCUAUAAGCUGCAUCAUAACUCCCGACUCCCUCACAACUCGGCAAACGAAGAAGACGGUCCCCUUUCAACCCGCGUUUCCUCCUCCUCCGGAGCCCUCCUCUCCUCCUCUCUAGCCAGCAUCCCCAUCUUGUUCGAGAUAUCGGCCAAAACCGGCGCCAACGUGACCGAAGCCUUCACUCUGCUCUGCGAAGAAAUACUUCGUAUCAGACAGCGCGUCGAACUAGAGAGACAGAGGCUUCAAAAAAAGGGGGAAGCCGUCAUGGGAGUGACACAAAGAAAGAAUAAUGCAGAAAGAAAAGCCGGCUGGCCGGGAUUGUUGGAAAGGUUGAAGGGACGGAGGGUUAGGGAACGCGUGAUUUAUGGGAAGUGA